AUGUUAAAGAAUACAAGAUUAAAUCAAACUAUAAAAAGAUUAGCUUUUAAUCAAUAUAGUUGUUUAAACAACAACUCGACAACAACUAAAACAACAUAUUCUUACAAUUCAACAAAAAACAAUGUAAACACUUUUUCUUCUACUACUACUACUAGUUUAAAAAGAGAAUAUUGUUCAAAUAAAAGUCAUGAUACAUCAAAUUUACAUUUUAAUAUUAGACAAGAAAAAGAAUAUCAACAACAACAUCAAGAUAUUGGUAGUGGACCAUUAGCAAUCUAUGAUCAAAUGAUCAAUGACAAAAAGAUUAGAAUCGAUACACAUCAAAGAGAAACUGUAAAAUUACUACAAUCACUAUUUGAUCAAAUCAAAGCACUCAAACUACCAACCACUGCUCAACAAUUGGAAGAUCAUCAACGAUCUCCAACAGAAUCAUCAACCAUCUUUUCAAAAUGGUUAUCAUCUAAACUAACAACCAUUGUCAAUGUAGACCCACUACACAGUAAUCAACAACAAGAAAUCAAAGGAAUUUAUUUAUUUGGUGAUGUUGGAUGUGGAAAAUCAUUUCUAAUGGAUCUAUUUUAUGAUUCUAUCAAUAUUGAAAAAAAGAAAAGAAUUCAUUUUCAUCAUUUUAUGUUGGAUGUUCAUAAAAGAAUACAUAAAUGGAGAAUGAAUAAAAGAAUAGAUGAAAAUGAUCCAAUACCACCAUUGGCAAAAGAAUUGGUUAGUGAAGCAUGGUUAUUAUGUUUUGAUGAAUUUCAAGUGACAGAUGUAUCGGAUGCAAUGAUAUUGAAAAGAUUGUUUUCACAAAUGUUUGAUCAUGGUGCUAUAUUGGUAACUACUUCGAAUCGUCCACCACCAGAUCUUUACAAGAAUGGAUUGAAUCGUCAACUAUUCCUUCCAUUUAUCGAUUUCCUUCAACAAAAAUGUUUAGUACAUAAUCUAAGUUCUGGUUUGGAUUAUAGACUUUCUGGAACUAGAACUAAAAAAGUAUUUUUCCAACCAUCAGGUGAUCCUACCAAUUUGGAGGAAAUGGAAAAACUUUAUCAAACAUUGACACAUGGAGAGAUGGAGGAACAAGUUUUAUUGGCAAUCAAUGCAAGUAGAAAUGUAGUGGUACCAAGAUCAGCACGUGGUGUAGCAAGAUUUACAUUUGGUCAACUAUGUGAAAAGGCAUUGGGAGCAGCCGAUUAUAUUGUAGUGGCACAAAAUUAUCAUACCGUCUUUAUUGACAAUAUACCAAUGAUGAAUGAAUCUACCAAGAAUCAAGCUCGUCGUUUUAUUACACUUGUCGAUGUCCUCUAUGAACAUAAAGUCAAAUUGAUUUGUACUGCAGCGGCUCCACCAAACCAACUAUUCAUGUCUACACCCGACACUGACCAACAAGAUCUAUCGUAUACCGCUGAAAUUAGACAACUCACCGAUGACCUCAAACUAACACCCGAACAACUUUCAAGAUUUACAGGUGAAGAAGAAAGAUUUAUGUUUUCAAGAGCUGUUUCUCGUUUAAUUGAAAUGCAAUCUGAUCUUUAUUUAAAUAAUCAAAGUCAUAAAUAA